UACGUGGACUUCGGGUGGAAUCAGAUUGACGUUCAGUACAAGUGGUUGGAGAACGACCUCAAAGAGGCCACAAAACCCGAGAACCGGGCGGUCAGGCCCUGGAUUAUAACGAUGGCCCACCGGCCUAUGUAUUGCAGUACCGAUGACAGCGACGACUGUACCCGUAAGGAGAGUAUUAUAAGGAAAGGCAUACCAGUGGUGAAGGCCUACGGAUUGGAGGACCUGUUCUACCAGUACGGGGUGGACGUGGAGAUCUGGGCCCACGAGCACAUCUACGAGCGAAUGUGGCCCGUCUAUGACCGGCACGUGUAUAACGGCUCGGUC